UGUAAUAUUUUCUGGGAAAUGGACGAUUCCAUUUCAACCGAAAUAAAAAAAUUAAUGGUUGUAUCCCUUAAUAAUGAGUCAAUAAUAAACCCUAGUAAACGUUUUAUUCUUUCAUCGAGUCAUAUUGACAAAUCAUUUUCAGAAAAAACUGUAGCUUCUUUUUUGUCAAAAAGCAGUAUGAAAUUUUUUAAACGAUUCGAUAUCAAUACUAAUUUUUUAAAUUUGGAUCCAAGUAAUUGGAAUACUGAUAAUUUUUAUUUACACGGAAAAGAAAUUGUAUGUUCACUUAAAGUAGUAAAUGACUCUGCAGAUAAAGCGGUUAAGGUAAUGGAAGAUUUUCAUGAAAGUUUAACUGUAAACGAUGAAAAAGCUGAGUUACUUUUACACUGUGUGUUCAAGAGCAUAGAAUAUUAUAUCCUAAUUGCAACAAAAAAACAUUAAAACAUAGUUUUUAAUGUAUAUUUUUGUUAUAAUUUGUGAAUUAUUUUGAAUUUAACAUUUUGUAUUUUAUGUAGUAACUUUUUUUUAAUUUAUACAAUAAUAUUAAGAAGUAAGUAUAAUUAUGCGUUUAAGUCAAACAAAUACAUCACUUUACAAUAUAAAGGAAAUAUAUUUAAA